AUGCUUUCAGCCCCAAAAGCUUCCUGCAGCAAAGCGAUCUUUUGCUUGUCUCCCGAGGACUCCAAGCUGCAGCAGCAGCAGCAGCAGCAGCAGCAGCAGCGGGUUUGGUUGGGGUGGGGGCAAACGCGGGCAGCCACCACACUGCUGGGGGAGACUAGGGGGACAACAGCUAGCGAAGAACAGACAGCAGCAGCAGCAAAAGCAGCAAAAGCGGCAGCAGCAGCAGCAAAAGCAGCAGCACGGGGAGGCGCUGCAGCAGCAGCAGCCCCUAGCGCAGCAGCAGCUUAA